GCUGUACCAGUCAGUGAUUAACGUAACCAAACACAGGAAGGUGUAAUCUGGGUCAUCGGAGAUUCGGAGCUCCAAAACUUGAAACAGAGAAGCAGGAAAAGGGAAAGGUGAAAAGAGGGAUGGAGAAGAUGAUGCUAAUGAGAUCGCUAUGCCGAUGUUUUCACCGCAGAUCUUCCGUUUUCCCCAGUUAUACAGCCGCCCUCGCCGCCACGGCCACAGCCAACCACCAAGCUUUCCGCCACCUUCAUAUCUCCCCCCCUUCUUUUGUGGAUUCUCCAAAAUCUGUUAAUCCAGAAUGCCUUCAUCCAUUUUCAUUGGGAUUGGGAAGUGUACGUUCUUUCAGCGAGGAUGUGGCCCACAUGCCCAAUGUGCAAGAUGAAGAAAUCAGGUGUGCAUUUAAAGACUUAAUGGCUGCAAGCUGGGAUGAGAUUCCAGAAGCUGUUAUCGAUGAAACGAAGAAGGCAUUAUCCAAAAGUACUGAUGACAAGGCUGGCCAGGAGGCCUUGGCUAAUGUUUUCCGCGCAGCAGAAGCCAUUGAGGAAUUCAUUGGGAUUCUCACAAACUUGAAAAUGGCAAUUGACGAUUCUAUUGGGUUAAGUGGCGAGAAUGUGAAGCCUAUGCCAAAACAUAUGGCUAAUGCACUGGAUACAAUCUUCCAACGCUAUAAUACAUAUUUGAAUUCCUUUGGGCCCGAGGAGGGAUAUUUGAAGAAGAAAGUUGAGACCGAACUAGGAGGUAGGAUGAUAUUCUUGAAGAUGAGGUGCAGUGGCCUACAUUCUGACUGGGGAAAGGUUUCGGUUCUUGGAACAUCUGGACUUGCUGGUUCUUAUGUUGAGCAAAGAGCGUAAAUCUUGAAAGAUGACCAAGACCAUGUUUUGAAGUCCAUUCAGUUCUCGAGCCAACUGGUUGCUGUAAUUUGUUCUGUUGCAAUCAGCUUCUUGCAAAUUUGAAGAAAUCGGACAUUAGAACAGCUUGCAGAUAAUAAUAAUAAUGGCGAUAAUUUCCCAUCUGGAUAAAACAUUUGUCAUCUUUUGGAUUUUAAAUAAUUCUUGCCCAAAUUUUGUGUUGCCUGACACUUGGAUGUAGCAAAUGUUCUGUUAAUGUAAGGCUUUGUUUUGCUUGUUA